CACACCUUUAUCACUCGUCAGGUGUUUUACAAACAGACGAGCAGUGGAACUGAACAUAUUUGUAUGUAGUCAUGAGGGUCCUCUUUGCUUUCUGUGUGAUCUUCGUAACGACCUCCAGACGUGUUCAAGGAAACAGCUGGCUGAAGAAUUUUGAAGAGACUGUGAAGAACUUCAGUGAGGAGGAGUUAAGAAAGGUGGACCCAGACAGGUCCAGAGCGAGGAGCUUCAAACAUCCGCGUGCUUUCCAGUGUCCAGACAUGAGCUCCUCUUCAUCUGUGCCCACAUCAGUGGAGUUGGUGAAAGCUGCAGAUAUCAAGGUCAUCGCAGCACUGGGGGAUUCACUGACAACUGGUGUUGCAGCCAAUGCAUCGAGCAUUGUGGAAGUACCCAUUGAAUAUCGCCAACUUUCAUGGAGCAUUGGAGGACAGGGGACAUAUGACGAUGUUAUCACCCUCGCAAAUAUUGUGAAGCUCUUUAACCCGAAUGUGAUUGGCGCUUCUCCUACGUCCAGUGUGACUGGACAACCCACAACUUUAGAUCAGACCGGACUCAACCUGGCUGUUACAGGAGCCAACAGUCGUGACUUUCCUGCACAAGCAAGAAACCUGAUUGACACCUUGAAGAACUAUUCCGCCAUUAACUUUACAGAGGACUGGAAGCUUGUCACUGUGCUGAUUGGAAUGAAUGAUAUUUGUGAUUCCUGCAAAAACAAAACACUCUACUCUGUGGAGAACUUUAUAAGCAGCAUCAACGAGUCUCUUCACAUGAUGAUGGAUGAGGUCCCGAGGCUGAUUGUGAAUGUUGUGCAAAUCUUCACCAUGGAGCCACUGAGACAGGUUCAGGAACCAACGGUGGCCUGCCAGUUACAAAGGCUCUUCUGCUCCUGUUUGGUGACACCAGCCGAGAACUCUACAGACCUGACAGAAGUUGUAGCACUCAACCGAGGCUUCCAGACUAAGCUAGAGGAACUCCUCAACUCCUCAACUUUCUUCAAGAAUGACUUUGCAGUGGUUCUUCAGCCCUAUCUCUCAAGCACAGACCUUCCCAAGUUACCUAAUGGUACGGUUGACUUCAGUUACUUUUCUCCGGACUGCUUCCAUUUCAGUGUCAAAGGUCAUGAGGAAAUGGCCAAAGGAUUGUGGAACAACAUGUUUCAACAGGAUGGUGAGAAAGUCCAGCUAGCCAACCUGACCGACUCUGUGACACUCAUCUGUCCUCCAACGGAUCACCCCUACAUAUACACAAGACCAAGAGCUCUGAGCUCGGCGGCUACAAAAGGACACACUUUCGCUCUUGUGACUCUCCUCAUUUCCCUGGCUAUAGUAUUUAGAUACUGAUACCUUGCAGUCAUGUUUACCUACCAGCAGAGGGCAGUGUCUAUCUUCUCCAGCUGACAUGACAUGACUGUAUCAGCAGAAUGUUUACUACCGUAUACAGUUUAUGUUAAUGUUAUAGUAUCAUUCUAUUACAUUACCUUGUGUUACAUUUAAAGUGUAAAUGAUUGACAUGUCAUACUGAUGAGAAUUAAUAAAAAAAAACAUUUGAUAA